CUUGGGACUCUCCUAUAUAUAUAGUUCCAUCUUGGUUAGGGUCCCCCAUAAUUUAUCUAUUUGAUCAUCAAAUCGAUAGUCUUAGUUUAUCAAUCACUCUCUGUAAUCAUGGUGAUUCCACAGUAUAUAGUCGCAGGGCCAUCGGAGAUGCUUGCCAUCACCGGGAGUGGCAUCAAUGAAAUAAAACUAAAGAAGAAGCACUUCUUAUGGCCCCUUCAAAAGUGCUCAAGGCUGGACAUAUCUCCUGUGAACUAUUCAUUCGAAGUCCAAGCUAUGAGUGCCGAAAAGCUCCCCUUUGUUCUCCCUGCUGUGUUCACAAUUGGACCUCAAUUGGACGAAAACAACGAGAGCCUGAUCAAGUAUGCGCAGCUUGUAUCUAACCAUGACAAGAAUUCUAAUCAUGUUAAAGAACUUGUCAAGGGAAUCAUCGAAGGUGAAACUCGUGUUCUUGCUGCUUCCAUGACUAUGGAACAGAUCUUCAAGGGAACCAAAGAGUUUAAGAAAGAAGUUUUUGAGAAAGUGCAACUUGAACUUAAUCAAUUUGGGCUUUAUAUCUAUAAUGCUAAUGUGAAACAACUUGUUGAUGUUCCUGGCCAUGAGUAUUUCUCUUACCUUGGCCAAAAAACUCAGAUGGAAGCCGCUAACCAAGCCAAGAUAGAUGUCGCGGAGGCGCGGAUGAAAGGAGAGAUAGGUUCAAAGCAAAGAGAUGGAGAGACAAAACAGAAUGCUGCUAAGAUUGAUGCUGAGACAAUGAUCAUAUCAACCAGAAGGCAAGGAGAAGGCAAAAAAGAAGAAGUUAAGGUGAAGACUGAAGUCAAAAUAUUUGAGAACCAAAGAGAAGCUGAGGUUGUUGAGGCGAGUGCUGAGCUGGCCAAGAAGAAAGCAGGGUGGUCUCAGACUGCCAGGCUGGCGGAGGUGGAAGCCGAAAAGGCGGUGGAGAUAAGAGAGGCAGAACUGCAAAUGGAAGUGCAGAAGAAGAAAGCUUUUGCUCAGACGGCUAAGCUCAAGGCUGAGCUUCUUAGCCAGGCUAAUGUUGAAUACGACGUUAAGGUGCAAGAGGCAAACUCAGAAUUAUACAAGCGACAGAAGGAAGCUGAAGCCGCACUAUUUGAAAGCCAGAAGAAAGCAGAGGCACAAAAAGCAAUAGCAGAUGCUGAAUUCUAUUCUCGCCAGCAGGCUGCAAACAGUGAGUUGUAUGCAAAGCAGAAGGAAGCCGAAGGAGUAGCAGCGAUUGGGAAAGCACAAGCCGUAUACUUAGGGUCCAUCCUUAAGGAAUUGAAUCACAAUUACUCUGCACUCAGAGACUACUUGAUGAUCAACAACGGUAUCUACCAGGAAAUCGCGAAUAUCAACGCUCAAGCAGUGAACGGUAUGCAGCCAAAGAUCAGCAUUUGGUCAGGUGCUGAUGGUGGAGAAGGUGGAAGCGGAUUGAAGGAUGUUGCGGGUAUGUACCGCAUGCUGCCUCCACUGCUGCAAACUGUGCAAGAGCAAACUGGGAUGCAGCCUCCUGCAUGGCUUGGGACCAUACCUCAUGAUGAAUCUAAAUGAAGUUGUGCACAUUAAUUACUUUAUGAUUUGGCAUAAUUGUUUUCUUUCUUAGUGCAUCACAUUUUACAAGUAAUAUUUAUUUAACA